CGCCCGUUGUUGCCGCGUUCGAAGUUCCAUCCGGCCGCCGGCCCCCCCCGCGCGCCCCCGGCCCAGCCCGGCCGGCCCGGCCCGAUGCGGCGGAAGCAGAAGCGGCUGCUGCAGGCGCUGGGGCUGGCGCUGGCCGCCCUCGUCUUCCUGCCCAACGUGGGGCUGUGGUCCCUCGCCCGCGACCAGCGCCCGCCCCACGGCGCCGCCAGCCCCGCGCAGGGCUCGCACAUGAGGCAAAGGAAAGACCUGUACUUUGGUGAUGGACAAAGGAAAAAGGACUGGCAUGAUAAAGAAGCUAUAAGGAGGGACUUGGAGCGCACAGGAAAUGGAGAGCAAGGUAAACCAUACCCAAUGAUGGACGCGGAGCGAGUAGACCAAGCGUACAGGGAAAAUGGCUUCAAUAUCUUUGUCAGCGAUAGAAUUUCCCUUAAUCGCUCUCUUCCAGACAUCAGACACCCCAACUGCAAGAACAAGCUGUAUCUGGAGAAGCUCCCAAACACUAGCGUGAUAAUCCCGUUCCACAAUGAAGGAUGGUCAUCUCUUCUCCGGACAGUGCAUAGUGUCCUAAAUCGCUCCCCGCCUGAGCUGAUUGCGGAGAUUGUGCUGGUGGAUGAUUUUAGUGACAGAGAACAUCUCAAGAAGCGCCUGGAGGAUUAUAUGGCCCAGUUUCCAAGCGUGAGGAUCCUCCGAACCAAGAAGAGAGAAGGAUUAAUAAGAACGCGAAUGCUGGGUGCCUCUGUGGCAAUCGGAGACGUUAUCACCUUCUUGGACUCUCACUGCGAGGCCAACGUCAACUGGCUACCGCCUCUGCUAGACCGCAUCGCCCGGAACCGCAAGACGAUCGUGUGCCCGAUGAUCGACGUGAUUGACCACGACCACUUUGGCUACGAGACCCAAGCGGGUGAUGCGAUGCGGGGGGCAUUUGACUGGGAGAUGUAUUACAAGCGGAUCCCUAUUCCACCCGAGUUACAGAAACCUGAUCCCAGUGACCCUUUCGAGUCUCCUGUAAUGGCUGGAGGACUGUUUGCAGUCGAUAGAAAGUGGUUCUGGGAGCUGGGAGGGUAUGAUGCAGGUCUGGAGAUAUGGGGAGGAGAACAGUAUGAAAUAUCCUUUAAGGUGUGGAUGUGCAGCGGCCGCAUGGAGGACAUCCCUUGCUCCCGAGUGGGCCAUAUCUACAGGAAAUAUGUGCCAUACAAGGUCCCGACCGGAGUCAGCCUGGCACGGAACCUGAAACGUGUGGCCGAGGUGUGGAUGGACGAGUACGCCGAGUACAUCUACCAGCGGAGGCCGGAGUACCGGCACCUCUCCGCCGGGGACGUGGCUUCCCAGAAGGAGCUGCGCAGCAACCUCAACUGCAAGAGCUUCAAGUGGUUCAUGAACGAGGUGGCCUGGGACCUGCCCAAGUUUUACCCACCGGUGGAGCCCCCAGCUGCAGCGUGGGGAGAGAUCCGGAAUCUGGGCACCGGCCUGUGUGUAGACACGAAACACGGCGCGUUGGGAGCCCCGCUGCGGCUGGAAACCUGUGUGAAAGGCAGAGGGGAGGCAGCUUGGAACAACGUGCAGGUGUUCACGUUCAGCUGGCGAGAGGACAUCCGUCCCGGGGACCCGCAGCACACCAAGAAGUUCUGCUUCGACGCCAUUUCCCACAGCAGUCCCGUGACCCUCUACGACUGCCACGGGAUGAAGGGGAACCAGCUCUGGCGAUACAGAAAAGACAAGACGCUCUACCACCCAGUGAGCAGCAGCUGCAUGGACUGCAGCGAGAGCGACCGUAAGAUCUUCAUGAACACCUGCAACCCCUCCUCUCCCACCCAGCAGUGGCUCUUUGAACACAUGAACUCAACAGUCCUGGAAAAAUUUAACCGGAACCUCGACCUUUAAAGACUGCAGAUCUCUCUCGUGCUCUUGCUCUCUCUAUUUUACAGCUCUACGUUUUUACUGGGGAGGGUGACAGAAAAAUUUUUCUAAGAGUAAUUUUUUUUAAAAACAAUAGGUAAUUAAGGUAAAAGGGAGAAUCUCAGGAGGGGGCAUGGCGGGCAGGCCAGGCUUUAUUUUGAAGAUGCUGCAUCCUCUUGCGGGGACGGUGAGAUUGCAGGCGGCUUGGCCAGAGUUGUUUCCGGGGCCGAGGUGGGAGCCGGAGCUCUGGAUUUAGAGGGCACUGCAGGAUAUGCUCUGAGUGCGGAUGGGGUCCUUCCUUCCCCAGCUGGGGUGGCCACGAGCGAUCGCUGUGCCCUGCACGCAGUUCAGUGCUGCCCUCCCCUUCUGCCACCACGGUUCCAGAUAGGCACUUUACCUCUAGGCAUCCCUUGCACUCGAGCAUACAGCCCAGGGCCCGUGUAAUGGAGACCUUGGCACAUAGACACGGGCUUCCAGUGCAGCAGAACAGAGAACAAACGUGGCACGGAGCAUGUCUUCUGUGCCGCCCGGUUUAAAAUACACCCAGGGCAGCUCGGACCUCCUCAGCAUCUUCCAGAGGAAGACAUGAGUACGAGGGAUGUAUUGCAUGGGGCGGCAGGGCCAGGUGUUGAAACACAUUUCUGUAAAUGGUGGGCAGCAGUGGGAAACAUCCGUGCAUCUUACUGUCUGCCUCCCAUUACUGGGUCUUGCCGUGCCAAGGAGCAGGGAAGGGUUUUCUUGUCAAUGUUGCAGGCUGCAGCUCGGGUAGUCGUGGCACCUUGUACUUCUAAAGGACGAAAAGCACCGAGUACAAGCCCCCGGGGAGCAGGAGGCAGCCUGAGAGCACCCCAGGGCUUUGUGCAGGAAAAGCCCGCUCCAGGGAGCAGCCCCACUUUCUUUUCAAGGCUUAAAGCCAAAUUCAUACGGAGUACAGACAGCUGCACUUUGCUGAAUCCAGCUCCAGGGCUAUACAUGGGCCUUGGUCUUCCAUGACCCUAUCGUUCAUCUGUCUGUAGUUUGUGGCUGUUCCCCUUGUAAAUACUGGAGCUUACACCACUGUUAGGGAGCCCCCCAGGAGGACACGGCUUUAGAGCAGCGGUUCUCACCUGGGAUGCCACGAGACCCUUUUCAAGAUGCCACGCAAUACUAGCACUAUUCGGUGCAUAAACACCUACACGUGAUUGCCAAGAUAGACCCAGAGAUUUCAAGCAAUGGUGCUGCUGAAUGCCAAAGUGUUAUGGAGGGUGCCUGGGAUCUGACAAGGUUGAGAGCCACUGCUUCAGAGCAUUAGUCUUCGUGCCCGUGUCACACUGCCACGUACCCUUCAUGUGAUGGGCAGCCUCUUUGCUUCAAGCAGGAUUCAGAACUGGGAUGAAAGGAAGGAAAGUGCAGGCUAAGGACAUGGUGGGCUCUGCCUCUUGGAUGUCUGCAGCAAGUUAAUAUGCUGUCUGGAGUAUACUGGGUGCUGGGCAAUAGGGAUUUGGGACUAGCUCAUCUUGAUUUAUUGGUAACGAAAAUAGCCAGAGGGUUUUGCUGGGAUUUGCUGGUGAGCUGGGCCUCUGGCCACACUGUCAGGUGGGGCAUCCACUCUUCGACUCAUGUCCUAGGAAACCUUCGUGGUAGAUGCUUGCAGCAGAGAGUGAGCAGUGACCAGCUCUAGGUGAUGGCAGGACUCAUAAGUCACCCCACAGUUAACUCUUGCCAAGAUGCUGCCCACACACAUUUGCCAUGCCAUUGCCCAGCUCUCAGUUUGACCUGCUGUCUCCACAGGCAUAAUAGGAAAGGAAGGCAUGGGCAUCAGGAAGGGCUGAACCACUGGCUUGGGAAGAGCAGCCAUGAGGUUGCAGGAAGACCUGAUAACAGCAACAAAAAAAGCUCCAUGAUCCAGGCUUCUUCCUCACCAUGCUGCACGAGGUUGCUCCCUGGCAGCUCCCCUCUCUCCUACAAGGCAGGACUUCAGCCGUUCAUGCUGCAACACUUUGGGAGGGCCUCAGAUGCCUCUUGGCAUGCCUACAUACUUCAGUGCAGGUUACUCGUGCAUGGGAGUGGGUGGAGGUUUCAUUUUAGGAUGCUGCCGCUUGCUGUGUUGUGCCCCAUUGGGAGGGCGGAGAGGAGAGCGUGGCACACACGAGUGCCCUUUCUUGAGCCGUGUUUCUGGUCCCCCAAGAGCAGCAGCCAGCUCCAGCGGUGGAGGCUGUAGGGCCCAGACCCACGUUGCACCGGGUCACCGUUAGCUGAUUAAGGGACCCUUUUGCUUUGAGAGUGUCUGUAGGGGGGAGCCCUUCCUCUUCCCUGGGGGAGAGCACUGAUUUCCAGAGCUUUGCAUGUCUGUUGGGUGCUUCCUCAAAGUUAUUAAUGCUUUCGUUAGCCUGGCGGUACUGACUGCCGAGCGCUAAAUGGCCUGACGAGAUGUCUUUAUGAAUGUUUUAGUACCCAUGGAACAAGAAGCCGUUUGUAUGAGAAUGGCACCAGUUUAUUAUAAUAGGGACACCAAGUCGGUAAAUGAUCUAUAAAUCUAUGGCAGGUCAUUCCCCUGCAGCUAGUAACAUUAGUGCCUGCAUUUUAGUUCCUCACCUAAUGAAAGGAUCCGCUUCUGUUUGAGUUAUGUGACUGGCUUUGUACUUGGGCUCACCUUGCGAGCAAAGUUUGGAGCUCUCCAUUGCUCAGCUUUUGGCAGAUGCUGGCUGCAGAGAGGAGGUAGCGAUAGGAAAGGCAGCCUUUUGCCUCCCAGUCAGCAAUCUGAAUUGCGCUCAGAGAAACUGGCUGGCAGCCUGCGCCCGAUGGGUAGGUGGGCUUAACGCAGUCCCUGCUUGAUGCACACGUGCCCGCUAACACCGGCACCGUGGCUAUCAGACUCGGCACAGAAGCCGAGAAGCUGUCCUCUCCAAAACUAACCCAUCCAGGUGUGUUGCUGACCCAUUUGACAAAGCACUGGGUUUUGGGUGGAGCAUCCUGUGAAUUCCCAGCGUCUCUGCCUGCUGGUUUGGUGGUUUCCUCAAUCUGUUAAUUUACUGGCAUUAAUUAUACGUGUCGGUACCCCACAGGCUUUGUUGACUAAUGGGUAGUAUUACCAUUGCCAGCCCCCCUGCUGACUGAGAAAUAGAAACUGUAUUUCACCAUCCACAUCUUUAAUUGAGCUUCUGCUGGGCAGGCCAGUUAAUUAUUCCAAUUACUUUUAGUUAUUUAUAAGUAAAAUUGCUUAGGCAUGAAUCCAUAGACAUCCUCAUGUUUGCAUGUGAGUCAAGUUUGGGGCUUUCACGCCAUCGAGCCCUUAAUGGGAAGCACAUGCUCUUUGUUUUUACCCCCAAAAUGGUUAUUUACAGCGUUACCCUUGGCUGCAUAAGUCACGCUGCUUGAAGCACCACUGGGCAUCAUGCCCGCGAGGUGCUCUGGGACCUGCAUGGACGUAGGUGGGCACCGAACGCUCUUCCAGCUCGUGCUUGUUUCAUAGCGGUGCUAACGCCCGACCCUGCGAGCAGACAAGACGGGGUUGGUGUCCUGUGCGCUUUAGAAAGGAGUGUUUUGGGGUUUUUUUUCUUUUUUCUCCCCUUCCCCAAGAGGAAUGAUGGGCUGGGCUUCAUGGAAGAGGAAUACAGCAUCCUUAAAAUAAAGACGUGCCUUUUUAAAUGCAAAUGGACAGCAAAUGCUUAAACUUGAACCAAUUCCUAGUGCCUUGCUGGACAAGAGUGAAGGGGGCUAGGGGGAGGGAGGGAGGGCGGGGGGGCAGGGAGCUGCAAGAAAGCUUGAUGCAUUGUGCAAUUACCAUUCGGGUGUGUGCGUGUGCGUGUUUUUAAAUGUCCAGUUUUAUGUGCAAACGGGAGGAGGGCAAGAGGCUGCAAGGUGGGGUCGGAAGAUGCAGAGGCCCCUGGGUUUCUACAUGCACUGGGUUGUCUACGAAUUGCUUUUCAUCACACUCGAUGUGAAGGCUGAAGAUGGAAGCCUCUUCUCGGCCCCGAGUAGGAGUUAAGCAGAUGUUGAAUUGCAGGAUUUCUCGGCUGGCUGCUGUUUGUGUUGAUCUCCCUGGCAAAGGCACAUGUAUUUAUCUGUUCAACCUGCAUCCAGGAUUUUGCAAUUUUAUACUUGAACUGUUCAGACACGAGGUCUCUAUCCGACAGUCCCACAGGUCCGUCCACCGAAGCGAAAGGCUAAUGAGAUGACUUCUAUAAAGUCGGCACCGUGGAUCCGUGGGAAGCGUGGGGAAAACAUUUAAAUGCCGUAAUGCAGAAGUAACAAGAAAGCAGUGGACCAUGAGCUGAAUAUGAGCCAACAGUGUGCUCUUGUUGCAAAAAAAAAAAAAAAAAAAGCAAGCCAACAGCAUCCUGGGUUGUUUCAAAAGGAGCAUGUAUCACUUGCAAAUCAAAGGAAGUGAUUCUUCCGCUCAUUCAGCCCCUGGGAGACCUCCCCUGCAGUCCUGUGUCCAGUUUUGGCUCCCACACUUCAAGAAGCAUGUGGACAGAAUGGAAAGUCUAGCACGGAGCAACAAAAAUGACACUUAGGGGCCUGGGAAGUCAGACUUGCAAGGAAAAGCUGAAAGAACUAGGGUCAUUUAGUCUGGAAAAGAGAAGACAGUGGGGGAUGGUUUGAUAAGUCUCUUUAGAUACCUGCAUGGAGAUGGGCUUUUCUCUGUGACCAAGGGGACAGGACUAGCAGCAGUGGCCUACUGAUAUUAAAUCUGCAGCAGCGGAAAUUUAGGUCGGAAAUGAAGACAUUUCUGACUCUGAAGGUGGUCAAGCGUUGGACAGAUGGGUAGACACGGUGGCAUCUCCAUCCUGGGCAGUUCUCAAGAGCAGGUUGGACAGACCCAUGGGUGGGAUGAUCGAGUCAGGGAUGCUCCUGCCCUGAGCAGGUGGCUGAACUAGACGAGUUGGCAAGGUCCCUUCCAGUCGUGCUUUCCUCUGAUCCUUCGUCGUCUUCCCUCCGCUCUGCAGCUGCUCGCGGCAUUUAAACUGGAUCAGGCAGUUCAGCAAGCUUUCCCUGUGCUUCUCUGGGAGCCGGCCUGUUUCAAAGCCUACAAGACACUUGUGAGCUCGGUGCACAGCCGCCUGGCGUAAGCACCAUGUCCCCAGAGCGAUUGCAGAGCCAAGCGACUGCAGUGGGUUUGCUCGCGUAGAAGCCACGCGGGCGACCUGGAGGAGCGCUUGGCUGAAGGGGAGCAGGCUUUUCAUUUGUCUUUUUUUUUUUUUUGCUGCAAUCAGGAUGGAAAAUGUUUGUGGCUGGGCUGUGGGGACAGCUGGGAGCCAUCGGCCCGUAACGCUGGGCGAGAAACGAACCCCCAAGCCUGGCAGGGGUUCACCCCUCCGGCUGGCUGUGUUUUGGCUCAUUAGUGCGUGAGGGUCAGGGGUGCACGUUGUGCCGCGUUACUGCCCUUCCCGGCCCCUGCGUUCCCGCAAGCAGACGAGUAAUGAGAUGCACCCGAACGCUGAAGGCUGAGUGCCGCACUUGUGAGUUAACAGCCCACGGCGGAGGGAGCAUUAAAUGCCCAAGGCAGCCGUUACCAAACAUAAAAACCAGCAAAGCGCUUUGCUGUUUCCAUUCUGAAAGGAUCGUUUGCCACAAAGAUCUUCUAAUGGUUUGUUUUUGUUUUAUUUUAUACGGAUUAAUAACGUGGCAAAGCAGCGUCGUCAACCUACGGGAGAGGCGUAUCGGCCACCGCCGGGGUUUCUGCAAAGCUUCAAGUACUUGCAGGGGAGACGGCCUGGCCCAGUGCCCCGGGGCUCUGCUCCCAGCUCAGCUACUGGUCGGCUGGUUGAGUGCCCAGUGCCCCCAUCUGUAAACAUGGGUAAUAUUUACCUCCUCCGGUAAGUGCCCUGCCACGUACCGAUGAAGAGGGGUCGCGCGAUUCAAUCCAAGUGACAAUUGGCGAAUGCAAUUCGGAGCGACGUCGGAGGAACGGUGUGGCGCGUCCAGACUGGGGAUGCCGAGAGGCGAAGAUCCCGCGGCACAGGGUCGUCUUCGCUUGCAGGCUCGUCGCCCGUCGACUAAGCUGCGUGCUUGCCUUGUCUGGGUUGCAGCUUCUAGGUGGAACCAUCCCAAAGUGACCUGCCCCUGCGCCGCGCUCAGUGUCACGCGUCACCCCGAGACCCACGCAUGAGCCGUCGUAAAAACCAGAGUCGAGUAGCUUUGUUCGGGUGUUUUGGGCUCGCUGACCAGGCUCUUCCUCUCUUCACAUUGUGUCCUCAACUUUCCCGAUGCUUCUGCGUUGCCCAGGAGGCUGCAGCGAUUCCAGCAGUUGCAUGAGGUUUCGCUCUUCGCCACGGAGGAACCACAAGGUCUUAAAACCACUCGUUCAGCAUGAGGAGGAAAGCGCUUAUCCCAGCUAGCAAGCAGAUGAAUGUGAAUGUGGCUCAAGAAAUGAUAUACAAACUAAUCGAGCUAAUAGAUUAAAACAUUAGCCCUUAGGGUAAUAACAAAUAGCCUUAACUUUUAGGAUGUCAGUUUAAAAUGCAGCCUCCGGGGCCUCGGUGGUACGAUCUGAGUUCAUUCACUCCUUGUACUGCAUGCAUUUUAACUUAUUGACUUUCAAACUGGACGGUGCCUCUUAAAGCAGUGUAUAUUUAUUUCUGCGCGUAUUAGGACCAAGCUCCUAACAGCCGGGGAGGGCAAAGGAUGUCUAGCACUUUAAUGUAGUCGCUUUCAUACGUCGGAGAUCGUUCGGAUAGAAUGCAUAGUGUUUUUAAAAGUUGAAUGGACUUCCUUUUAUAAUAUAUUUAAAAUAAAUUUUUAAUGUGUUUUCUGACA